AUGAUAUUAUAUCUGCAUGGUGGUGGUUGGGCAACACUAAAACCUGUUGAUUAUGAUGAUUUAAUGUAUUAUUUUAUAAAACGCCUCGGGAUACUUAUUAUUUCGGUUGAUUAUCGUCGAUCACCAGAAUAUCUUUAUCCGAUUCCCAUUAAUGAUUGUGAAGCAGUCUAUCGAGAGUUAGUUACUAUAGAUUAUAAAAGAUAUGGUAUCGAUCCAACACAAAUCAUUGUGAUGGGUGAUAGUGCUGGUGGUAAUAUGGCUGCAGUUUUAGCGCAACGACAAUUACGGGCAAACUUUCAGAAGCCAAAGUCACAAAUUCUGAUUUAUCCAGUAAUACAUCCAUUGGAUUUUCAAUCACCAUCUUACCAGCAAUAUCAUAAAUUCUUUCCUGGUUGCUCAAUGCUUAAUCCACGAAUGAUGGCGCAGUGGUAUUUACUUUAUUUAGGAAUUCCUGUCAUUCAUAAGAAUGUACAAAAUCUUCUUCAGAAUAAGCAUAUUCGAAGGGAAGGUAAACAAGCUGAUAAAUUACGGUCCAUUAUUGGACAUGAUUUAUUACCAAUUAGUUUCAUUAAUGAAACAGAUGAAAAAUUUGUGGUCGAAUCAGAGGAUGAAUAUCUAUGUAAUAUAUUAUCCAAGUAUAUUUAUGAUCCUGAUCUUGCACCUAUUAUGGGUACGAAUUUGGAAAAUCUAAGUGAUGCAAUGAUAAUUACGGUAGGAUAUGAUAUCCUUCGUGAUGAGGGCGCAUUAUACGUACGAUUAUUGAAAUCUUUCAAUAUUUCAGUUUGCUGGAAACAUUAUCAUAACUCUUAUCAUG